CUUGUUCCCUCACCCGAUGCGGCGACGCCGACUGUUUGAGUCUUCGUUAGAUGGCCCUUGCCGUCCCUGUAUGUCGUCAUGAGAAGGACUAAGUAACAACUGAGUAGCCGAGCAGCCAGCUUAACAGCCCACGGUGCACUUCCACCAAGACACACACGAGCACAUGAACCACCGCUCAAGCUGAAAGACAAAGUAUUGAUGAGAAGGAGAGGAUCUAGUUGAAAAGGCAUUUUUAAGCUUCGAUAUCACGGGAAUAACACCAUUCCUGGCCAGGUUAUUUGGCUCGUGACCCGACCUUCCUGUGCCAGUGGCGUUAUCACGCCUUCUUACGCAAUGCAGCUCCGCCGUGCUGUCUCUCCAUUUGCAAGACAGGAACCCCAGCUUGGCGAACCUAUCGCGCAGGUCCAUCCUGCUGGGUGUUACAUGCUGUUUACGUGGCGAAUCCAUCUUUGUCCCCCAACUUGCUCUCGACGAACGCAGGCUAUUGCUUCGUUCGGUUGUCUCAGUCACUGCUUUUGCAGCGGCCUCGUCCGCCAAAAUUGGGGGUACUCGGGACCAAGACGGCCCGAGUCUGGGUGCCCAAGGCUCUCCAAGUUGGGGACUCGGGUCCCUGGCGCUUAUGAUGGCCUCCUGGCCCACGACGAUGGUGUGCUCAAACACCUCCUCAUCUUUGCUGCACGAGUCGCAGGGAACCCGAAAACGCAAGCAUGCACUGCUCUUGCAUCGGAAAUGCAAUCCACAGCUGCAGGCCGUCCGGCCUACAGCCCUGAUUUCGAGGCUGAGAGCUCCUUUCCCGAGAGGCACCUCGACGAUGACAAGACUCCGUCCUCGGGUGUCGGACCCGACCGCUAUCGGCCGGCGCCCGCAAAACGACAGCCUCGGCAGGUGUUUGAGCCCAGUCUUCCAACCCUUUACGCUCGGGAUUGGCCUGGCGAAAGCCAGGCUCUUUCCCCUGACAGCCAUAUAACUUCUCACCCUGCGCCGGCCGCCAACAACACCAUAUCUACCCACUUUCCACAGUCGACGGCGGCUCUGCAGGCGGAAUGGGCCUCGUUUGGUGAGCAGCCUCACGACGGGCGCUUAUGGCAAUCAACCCGCCCAGAAUUCAGUGUCGAUGACGACUCCGACUCGAUCCAGAGUCGCAACGACAGCCUUGAAGACUUUUGCCUGCCGAUGCCGACACUGCCCUCAACCCAGAAGCCCCGGCGGCGAAGCUCACACCGGGUGACCAAACCAGCGAAGACAUCGGCCUCGAUACCAAGCCACCACCCGGCCGCGCGCCCAGAGAGACCUUAUAUCCCAGACUUCGACUAUAAUACCGACUGGUUUGAGGCCUCGGAUGCCGCCGCCGCUUUCUUCCCCCAGCUCAGCCACGACCACCCGGUGGCCGCUAGCGGAAGCGAAAUCGAAAUCGCCUACCGGGAUAGCUCCUCUUCGUCCAAGGUGGACUCUAAACGGAUCGCCCACAAACUGUCCGAGAAGACCCGCCGCAACAGAUUGACCAUCGCAAUACGAGAGAUACAGAAGUUACUCCCCUCCGGGACUGGCGGUGAAGACCAAGCCGCGCCGCAGGCGCCGAAGGACGCGGAUUUCGUGGUUCGGCCGGGAGUACCAAGUAGCAAGCUCGACAUUGUCGAGAUGGCCGUGGGUUUUAUCAAAGACCUGAAGGAGAGGAACAGGGAGACGGUGAGAAGGUUGAAAGAAGUGGAGAGUGAGUUGGAACAGUGCCAGUGUCGACGUGGUAGAGGGGAUACAGUGGCGAGUUCACCAUUGAAUCCUCCGGCUAUGGGAGGCAGCGGGGGUUGA